CCUGGUACCUGUGAAACGAGCUGCCGCUGGCGAGUCGGUCCUGCCUUGGGUCGGGGAAGGCGAGGGUGUCCUGCGUGUGGAGCAGCCGAGAGGGAGACACAGGGCCGCUGAUGAGAAUGUUGGCAUUAUGAAUUAACAGAUACGUUACCAUGGGUGGGCUAAUGAGAACCACAGCUUGGGAUGACCAAGCCUCAGGUGGAUGGUUGAAGAAGCAUCUAUUUAGCAUCAAGACCCUCAGCUUGAUAGUGUUGUCAGUGCAGACUUCAACCAUGGUAUUGCUCCUCCGGUACAGCCGUACGCCCACCACGAGCAACCAAACACCGUACAUUAUAACAACUGCAGUCCUGCUGUCAGAAAUUCUGAAACUGGGUCUUUCUUUAGGCUUUUUACAUAUAGAGGCUGGAAAAGUGCUAAGAGUAACAUUACAUCGCCUUUAUCGCGAUGUGCUCAUGAAUGUGUGGGAGACAUUCAAGUUAGCUGUCCCUGCUUGCUUGUAUGUGGUGCAAAAUAACCUUCUCUUCAUUGCACUCUCCAAUCUUGAUGCUGCUACUUAUCAAGUAACAUACCAGCUAAAGAUCUUAACAACAGCCAUAUUCUCCUGGGUGAUUCUAGGCAAACAACUCAGUCCAAUACAUUGGCUCUCUUUAUGUUUCCUUAUGCUUGGAGUUUCUCUUGUACAGGUUGAUAGUGGAAGUGGCAGCACAAGUCCCAGCAAAAUAUUACCCGAAGUUGAGGUUGUUGAGGGUGGAGACCCCAUGAUCUUAGGAGGCUCAGAGGAUGGGGCUGGCUUCCCCCCUCCUGAUAUACACAAUGAAGCACACCCAAACACAGAAGUCUCAUGGCUUUUAGGAAUCUUUGCAGUUUUUAUAUCAUGCAUCUCCAGUGGCUUCUCUGGAGUAUAUUUUGAGAGGCUGGUCAAAAGAGGAAAGCAGCCAUCUCUUAUUAUAAGAAAUAUUCAACUUGGGAUGUUUUCAAUUUUUUUUGCUAUAAUAGCAGUAAGCAGUGAUGGAGCUGCAAUCUCAGAAGGAGGAUUCUUCCAAGGGUAUACCUUGACCACAUGGGGUGUUGUCUUGAUACAGGCAUUUGGCGGCUUGAUGGUAUCAGUAACCAUGAAAUAUGCUGACAAUAUCCUGAAGGGCUUUGCCACAUCACUGUCUAUUGUCAUGUCAACGCUAGUGUCCUGGUUGGUCCUGGGAGAUGCAGCUCCUUCUACGCAGUUUGUUUUAGGAGCUUCGAUUGUCAUUGCAUCAACAGUUCUGUAUGGUUUGACCCCCCAGGCAACCAAGGGCAGUAACCAAGGGAAUCUACAACCAAGAACUGACAGCCCUCAUAAGGUAUUAUGGGGAACAAAAAGUCCAAGUGAAAUAGUAUGACUAAGGCAGAGAUAGCUGUGGAAGUGACUGGACAGCAGAGUGAGUAUUCAAGGACAUAUUCAGCCAGCAAUGUGAUGAAAUUGAGAGCUGAUUGCUGCACAUAUACAAAUGUUCAUCAGAAGUUCUAAGAUAUGUAUUUCUCUCUCUCUUUUUCAGGAUAUUUUGUUAUGUAUGAUAAUAUUAAUGAAAGGUUAUUCUCAGGCAGUAGGAAGUUCUAGGUAGACAGUGACUGAUACAGCUUAUUUAAAUAAAUUGUUUAUUUUCUAAAAGAUAAUGAUCUAUGUACAAUAUAUAAUUGCCUCUAAUUAUAUUGAAAUCUUCAUUACCAUAUACAUAUGCAAAGAAAAUGUGUGAAUACAUGCGUGCAUGUGUAUGUAUGUAUGUUUGUAUGUAUGUAUGAAUGUAUGUAUGUAAACAUAAAUAUAUGCAUGCAUGCAUUUGUUCAUACAUUCUUAAACACACACACACACACACACACACACACACACACACACACACACACACACACACACACACACACACACACACACACACACACACACACAGAGUAGUUUGAACCAGGUAUCCCCACUCCCAUCUUGAUGAAAAUCCUAGUUGGCGACUUCCAAGUUAAGCCCCAACCCUUUGGCUUUAUUAAUUGCAAAUAUUAUUAUUACUAUUGGUUUUGUUUUUGUCUAUUUUUCUGUCAUUGUUAUUACUGAACUAUUUUCAUAGAAAAUGUACUGAAAAAAUACUUAUCAUAAAAUUUCACAAAUAAAGGGGCAGUCAGUUCUAAUUACAUAAUUAAAUUGAGCCGUGGAGAUUGCACUGAGAGAUA